AUCUGAUGAAUCAUUAUUGAGAUUUUUUUUCAGAGCUAUUGUUGAAUGAUUAAUCAAGAUGAUACUUCCCGGAUUAAUGACACCAAGAUUCAAAUGAUGAUCAUGAGCAUGAUUUGUAAAAUUAUGGGCCAAUUUUCCUAUAAAAUCUACAAAUCUGAUGUUUAUAUUAUGUAAUGUUUGAUCAUUACGAUUGAAAAUCGAAUAAUUAAACAUGAAUUUAACAUCACCAUCUAUUGAAGCUAAUAAUCAUAGAAUUCUUGCUCUACCUUUUCCUGUGUCCAUUUUUAUAUUGAUUAAUCUAACUUUGUCUGGUAUACGUCCAAUUAAUAGUGAAAUUAUUAAUUCAAAAGAUUCAAAUGAUGAUUCAAAAACUGAAUAUCUUUUUAAAAGAUCGGCUCCUCGAGAGGAACCUAAUGAUGAUUAUAUGCAUUCACAAUUGAUGAAAGAUCUGGAAAUGCGUCUAUAUCAGAAUCAACAGCAACAAGUUAGUGGCAGCAGCCAUGAAGCCAUGGUUCCAAAUCAAUUACAACAAUCACCAUCAUCAAUUUCAGCUGCAACAAUUCAACAAAGACAAUUUACAAAUGGUGGUGGUCUACAAAGUGGAUAUCAAGGAGAAUCAGGUCGUUUACCGUUUGCCAAUUCUCUUUAUCCUUAUCUUGGAAGUAAAUUUUUAUCUUUAUUUCCAAGAAAAUCAUUCCAAUUGAAUCCAUAUAAUCCGUUCCCAUUUCUACCUAAUCUACUUCCACAUCUAUCUUAUAUGCCGUAUUCAAGUCAAUCAUAUUCGAAUCCUUGGAGUUAUGGUACGAAUCCAUAUUUUUCACCAUCAUUCUUAAAUCAUUACAAUAGUUAUAGCCAUUACAAUAAUCGUUUCAAUGCUCAUCAACCAGAGAUGACCAAUACAAAUGGUGGUUACAGAGAUUAUUCAACAUCUAGAUAAAAAUUUUUUAAUCAUUAUAUUUUUUUUUUUAAUUUCAGAAAACAAAAACAUUUUUGGAUA